AUGGCAACAAGCUUUGGGAAGAAUGCAGUGGAGAGUCCUGAGCCUGUGAAGGCAGAAGUGAAAGGUAAGUGUUUCAUACUUUGAAACUGCAGAUAAAUGCACUGAUUGGAUCACUUCGUUUGUGGUUUUCCUCCUUCUUUCAGGGACUAUUCCCAGUUGGCUGCAGGGCACCCUGCUGCGCAAUGGCCCUGGCAUCUUCUCUGUGGGGGACACCAGCUAUGAGCACUUCUUUGACGGCAUGGCCAUCAUGCACAGCUUUGCCUUUAAAGAUGGUUGGUUUUCCAAUUCGUAUUGCAUUAACCAAAGCAGCUCUGAUUCUUGAAGAGUGCGCUCUAAAUAUUUGUCUGUUUGUCUUCCAGGUGAGAUGACCCACAGGAGCAGAUUUCUGCGAAGUGACACUUACAAAGCCAACAUGGAUUCGAACAGGAUUGUUGUGUCUGAAAUGGGCACAAUGGCAUAUCCAGACCCAAGCAAGAAUUUCAUUUUUAAGUGAGUAUACUCUGAAGUGUUUCAGACAGAGUUUUUAUCAUUUUAUUAAAUGCAUCUUCACAGAGUUUAUAGUUUUGCACAAUUCUGCAGGGGCAUCCACUUGAUACCAUCUGUGGCAUAUGUGACACAGUGCUAGUUUCAUAUGACAUCUUAAAAUGCCUUAUUUUGAUGUGCUGAUGACACAUGUACACAGGCUUUAGUCUCACUGUCACUGGUUCGACCCCCUCAUACUCUCCACUCCCCUUAUUUGUCUCUUUUCAGCUGUUCAAUGAAAAAUGUUCAAAAAUACAACUUUGUAAAAUGUCUGAUUUCUUUUCAGAGCGAUCACCUUUCUCAACCACACAGUGCCCGACUUCACUGACAACGGAGCGAGCAAUUUUAUUAGAUAUGGAAAUGACGUUUUUGCCACCUCUGAAACCAACUACAUCCGCAAGAUUGAUCCUGUGACCCUGGAAACACAGGACAAGGUAACAUCAUUGUCUGAUCCUGUUGCUUACUCAUAAAGAAAAAGUAUUCCAACUCAUGACUUGUUGUGUUGUUCCCCAGGUGGACUACAUGAAGUACCUCCCUGUGAACCUGGUUUCAUCCCAUCCACACUAUGACAAAGAGGGUAACACCUACAACAUGGGAACUUCAAUAGCUGAGAAAGGAAAGACCAAAUACAUCCUGUUCAAAGUCCCUGCUGUCUCUCAGACAGGUAUCUGCACCUCACAUGUUCCUGUUUGUCCUGACCUCUUGUCGCGUUCGUCUCCUAUCAGCUGCACUUUGCUGAAGAUUCGGUCAUUUUACAUGCAGCAUGUGUGUUAUGCAAAAAAAAGAUAACAGCUCAGUCUUCACGUGGUCACGUGCAGCAGAGUGCAGCCGGGUGUAAAUCUCAGUAUUUGUGUGGUCUUUAUGUGACAAAAUUAAAUUAAAGAUUGCAUAAAAAAGGUCUAUGGUGCGGAUGGCAAUCAAAGCUGGCGAAGUUAAAAAUCCUUUAUUUGAUAGGGAAUCCCUUUGAUAGGGAUAGAUACACUAUCCCUACCAAAUAAAGGAUUUUUAACUUCGUCUCCAGCUUUGAUUGCCAUCCGCACCAUGGACUUUGAUUAACACCUGCUCUCAUGUUUUUUUUAUCUUAAAGAUUGAUUUCUUUUUUUUGCAGUUUUUAUAUUUAAAUAUGUACAAUUAUGAUGAUGGUAAUCUGAGCUAUGAUAUGAACAGUUUUCAGGAUAUCUUAUAGAGGUAUUUAUCAAAACAAAAGGAGAACUGAGAUGAACAGGAGAAGCAUUCAGAGUGUGAAAAGUUGAAUCCUGGCAAGUAGUGUCAAACACUUCAGCAAUAUUUCUUUAAAGUCAAAGUCCAUAACAGGCUGAAGAUUUAUCAAAUCUGUUACAUAGAGCUAUACAGAGUCACGGUUUAUGUCUUCAAGUACGUGUCUGUAAGGAAACAGAUGCUGCAGUUCACAAUCUGGGGUUAAACUCAGCUUAUCUGGGUAUGAUAUGGAAGUCUGUAGGGAGACAGAAUAAGUCUGAAUAAGUUUCAGCUGUGAAAUCUGAACCGUCAGCCUUAGAUGUGAUAAAACUGUGGGGUGUUUUUUGUUCUGAAGGAGGCAGACUGUGAGCUUUGGCACCUUAGUGACUGAUUUUCCAGAGAUCUCAUGAAGGGAUGAAAAACAUUGUAUAACUACAGCUACUUAACUUUUAAUUUAGAUAAAAACAAGAACGUUCCCGCACUGAAGAACGUGGAGGUCAUCUGCACACUACCCUGCCGCUCUCUGCUCACGCCCAGCUACUACCACAGCUUCGGCAUCACUGAAAACUACUUCAUCUUCAUCGAGCAGCCUCUAAAGCUGGACAUCCUCAAGAUGGCCACUGCAUACAUGAGAGGAGUCAACUGGGCCAGCUGUUUGAAAUUCAGCCCAGAGGAAAAUGUAAGGUGCCUCUGCUUUAUCCAAAUCUUUCCAAACCUGAGUAAUUCUCUGUCUAAAUCUCGAUUUCUCUCCCAGACUCUGAUCCACCUGAUAGACAGAAAGACGGGCAAAGAGGUGGAGACCAAGUACUACACUGGAUCGAUGGUGGUUUAUCAUCAUGUCAAUGCUUAUGAGGAAGAUGGUCAUGUUGUCUUUGACGUCAUCGCCUACAAAGACAACAGUCUUUACAAUAUGUUCUACCUGAGCAAGCUGAGGGAGAACCUCGAACUGGAUGAUAGCUACUCCAGGCCAAAAUACAAACGAUUUGUCCUUCCUGUCCGCUCAGACAAGGUUUGCUAUUUUUAAAAAGUUUGCUUUAUUCCACCUUGAGAGUGAGUCCUACUGUAUCUACAACACUAAUGUGCUUUUUGGCUGGGUUUUGCAGGGCAUUGCAGUUGGAGAGGACCUGGUGAAGCUCAAACACACAUCAGCAAGUGCCGUGAAGGAGAAAGAAGGCAAACUGAUGUGCCAGGCUGAAGUGCUGUGUGAAGGUAAAAUCAAAAACACUCAAGUGGUGUGCCACACAUUCAGGUUUGUAUCACUCCUGUUGAACGCUAUCAUUUUAUCUCUGUCAGGCUUUGAAUUGCCCAGAUUGAAUUACGACAUCAACGGCAAGAAGCACCGCUACAUCUAUGGGAGUUUUGUGGAGGACUCUGCACUGUCAAGAGAGGUAACAUCCUCUGUUGUUUUUUAAUUUUGCAAGAAAGAAAAGAUAAUCCCCAUCUUUCUCAGGCUCAUCAGUGUAAUGUGUCAGGAGAGAGAUGACAUCUGCAGAUUGUAAAAGAACAGAGAAGUUAAAUUCAAGGUUAGGACGCACUUUGUCCUCUGCAGCCUUUUUUUUUUUUACAGAGGUAGGAAGUAGUUUAGAGAUCUAAGAAUCACCGGUCUUUAGAAGAAUGAAUUAAAAAAGCAAACACCAAGGACCCCAUCACUCUUUCUGCUUUAUCCAAAUGUUCGUUCCUUUGGGUGCACUUCGCAUCAAGGCAUCACAAACAAUGGAGAGAAGCUGUAAAUUCAGCAGCGAGGCUUCAAAGAGUUUCACUGUAUCCUCCUGCACACCCGCAGUGAAAAGAUGAAAUGCCUGUUUAGAGGAAGGAGCAAAAGGAAAUCAUUUCGUCAAGACAAUCUGAUAUUUUCUAUUCAUUCCCAUUUGACAUUGAAUCCCGACAACAAAAGGAAGCUUCCUGUUUUCUUUGAAUCCAAAUGGUUGGUGGAGACGAGUUUACGUGCGUUAAACCCAAGUGAAUUAACAUCAGAGCAAAUCAAAGGGAAAAAGUAAGCCACAUGCGCUGAUGGUUGAAGUCAAUGCUCCCUCAGGAGAGAUGGGACCUUGAACGUUGCAAUAAGGCCUGGGGCAUGUACAGGAAGUGCUUGGCUCAUAAGUUCAAAUAUCUUUAGAGUUUUUCUGCACAUAAUGACAGAGUUACAACUUCAAAGGUAUGACUCUAGCUGGACUUUUGGACAUAGUUGAACUUUUUGAUGAACUGGCAGCCCUACCAUGCUUUGCUAGCUGUGCAGAGAGAUGUGUUUUAUACCUUAAGGCCCCCUUUAUCCAGACUCCAGUCUUAUUGUCAUGACCUAAUUCUUGAUGCUCCCUUUUUCCAUUUACUGACAAUUUAGUAAUAUCAAAUCCACCAAUAAAAAGUGAAAAGAUUUCACAUAAAACCCUAAAGGUUAAUGUGUGUUUUCUGUCUUAUAGCUAACAGGCAGUGAUCCUAACCUGUCCCUUCGAUUAAAGUCUGCACAGUUAAUACUGUAAUGGUGUCAGUGCAAGUUCAUUAAUGUACUGCUCUUGAAUUGUCUGUUUUACAACUAAGAACAGAGUUCAGCUUGGACAGCUGGUGUAUACAAAAUGUAUUUUUAUGUAAAGUUACAACACAACCCAAAGCCUUAUGUCUCUUUUGUGAUAUCUUUUAUAAUCAAGCAAUCAGGACAACCUCGAUUAUGUGCAAUGCUUAUCACAAGCCUCGUGGAGGUGUUAUCAGAUGCAAUUCAAGGAACUUGUAAUGUUUGUUUAAAUAACCUUGUUAUGAGUAAUCAUUUACCAAAUGAUUUGUCAAAUGUAGGUUGGGAAGAUAGACACAGAAACCAAAGAAAAACUCAGAUGGAGUGAGGACAACUGCUUCCCAUCAGAGCCUGUGUUCGUCCCCAGACCAAAUGGAGAGUCAGAGGAUGACGGUGAGAUUAUCAGCUAAACUUGACAGCAUAUUCUUCAACUAUGAUUUCUUAAGUAUUUCAUCUUUUUUUAAUCUGAGGAUAACCUCUUCUUUUUACAUCUGCAGGUGUGGUCCUGACAUCAGUCAUCAACUCCAACCCAGGACAGUCCAGUUUCAUUCUACUUCUCGACGGCAAAACUUUAAAAGAAGUCGCUCGAGCUUAUGUGAGCUCUGGGCUUCACAAGGAUUUGCACGGAUUCUUCAUCCCCCAGUGAAAUCAGACAGUUAUCUACUUUGUAUGUUAAAACUGCUUUGCAAGAAAAUCCAUUAGAAACUUUACAUUUUAGAAGUGAGAUGAAUGUGCAAGGUGUCUAGCGAUACCUGCCCUAUACAAGAUGUAAAAAAAAAGUUUCUCUUGGUAUGCUCAAUAGGCAACAUUUAGAUUUGCUGAUUUUGCAUUGAUUUUUGCCUGUGCCUGUAUAUUUAUAAAUGCUUUUACCACUGUUUAUGUUGUCUGUGUAAUGCUGGUGCUAUGAUUAUAAGAUUACUUUUACUCAUACUUUUCAUUUAACAAAUAAACCCGAUGAGUCUAAAGGUGUGUCUGCUCUUCACUUAAAAACACAACAUCAACAAAUCUCAUUAAUGCAUCAUAGGCAUGCUAACACCAAAACAUGGGCUUUUUGAGCUAUCAUAUAGAGGAUUCAUAAUCAAAUCAAAAUAUUAAGAGCAGCCUUUAAACAAGCACUGCACGGCUGAUAAGGGAGAGUUCAAGUGGGUCACGAGGUGAGUGAAAAAGUCAGGUGACUUGGACAGAAUAGAGGUUAUGAUAACAGCCAGUGGAUGGACUGAGAAGAGAUGCACAGGGAGGCAAAAUGAAAAAAAAAAGAAAAGAAAGAGACUUUGACAUGGUCAAGAAUAUCUGUAACAGAAAAAAUAACAGUGUGAGCGUCAAUGGUUUCGACAGCAGAUGGCUUCAGUAACACAGCCCAUGUUUCAUCAAGGAACUCAGUGUUCACUCACCAAUGAUGGGUUACAUCACUGACACCCCAGGUCUCAGGAUGACAUUGUAAAUAAAUUAUGUGAUGCAAAUUAUAUUAAAACAAAUACAUGACAUACAAAAACAUGACACCGCUGUAAGCUGUCACAUAACAUUGAUCCACAUAGCCCGACCUUGGUGGACUGUUAUCACUGGUCAACAGGACAAAGUCC